UAUCAAUUGGGAUAAUGGUCAUUAGAUAACCAUAUCGAAUGAUCCUGGUCAGGGUGGUUUUGCAUGCUUGAAAGGCAAAGCAAUGCUAAAAGCAAAAGCCAGAAAAAAGUGCUAAUCUUUCCUAAUCUCCAAACCAGACAUCAUCCUCCCCACUUCCUAAAACCCCAACUAGAAAUGGGGUUGCAUGCUUUGAUAAACAAAUCAUAAUCUCUCUUCACACUCUCAUGUCCAUAAUACAUCCUUCACACAUUUUUUAGUUUCUUUGCCUAAAGAUUCUAAUGUCUCAGGCAUUCUUAUCCCGGCGACCCUCAUAGAAAACUCAUUUGCUAAUCUCUCUCUCUCUCUCUCUAAAAACUCCAUCGCCUGAGGAGACUACAUGUGGAAGGGAGAGAUGGGUUUCUGCAAGAAAAAAAUUUCCUUCCGAUUUGUGAUGCAAUAUUCAGAUGUGCUUCCUUGAGACCUCAUUCUUAGAGCGAAAAAAAAGAAGAAAAAAAAGUUGUUUUGGGAAGUGGCCUUGAAUCUAUGGGGGUUAACCUCGAUUGUUAGGAAGGUUGAGUGAUCUUUAUCAAUAGUAGCGAAUUGGGCUUUGUUGCAGAGAUGAUUCAGCUACUGUUUUUGGUCCUUUUUGCUGAAGGGGUCGUAGCAUUGCUUCUAAUGGUGAAGAUUGGGCCCUUGAGGGAGUUGGUGAUGAAGAGCUUGGACCAUCUGAAAACAGGGAAAAGCCCAGCCACUGUUAAGACCAUUGCUGGUACCAUGUCCGUAAUCCUUAUUUCGAGCAUAACUAGCAUUCUCAAGAUCCAGAACAAAGGAGCUAAGCUUGGGACUGUGUCACCCAUGGAUCAGGUCCUCUGGAGGACGCACCUGCUAGAGGCUUCGCUCAUUGGAUACUCCUUAUUUCUCGGAUUUGUAAUUGAUCGUUUACACCAUUAUUUACAAAAAGUAACUGGGUUGAGGACAGAGAACCAGCAUCUCAGAAAGAAAGAAGAGAAAGCCUCCAAGGAAAUAAAAUUGCUCGGGGAAGAGAUCUCAAAUUUGACAGAAAAUUUGAAGAAGAUGAAAUUGGCAUGUGAGGAUAAGGAAAACCAGGUGCUUUCUAAAGAAGCUCAUGUUGCUGCCCUUCAGAAACAAAAUGAGGAUCUACUUCUUGAGUAUGACCGCCUGUUGGAGGAUAACCAAAAUCUUCAGAGCCAGGCUAUUGGAUACAGGAAUUGAGAGAUUGGUGGAAUGCCAACCAUUUGGCUCAUUGGUAUGUAUGUAUUUGCAUGCUGAUAUCAUUUGGUCAAGUGUCUCCUUGACCAUACCACAACUGAGACAGAUCAACAGCUUCUUUAGAGUGACUGUUAGGUUUGGAGUUGAAAUGGGGAGGUUCCUUAGGGACAAUGCUGAUGAAAAUUUUGCAACACCGUCUCGAUUUUUCUCUCAUUCUUCAGUUUUCCAGAUUGUACUGAUAUUGAGUCAGAAGAGGUGAAAUCGACAAAGACUAAGAAAUUCUGGUCCAUUUUCCUAACAGGUCAAGCAUUGUUGGAUUAUCAAUGUAAUUGAAAAGUUAGAAGAAUACUCGUCUUCUUCAUGAGUUUUAUUAGUUGAAAUGGUUUUAGACAUUUUAUUGAUCA